GCUUCCACGGCUGACCAGCAUUGGCGUAGGCCCGAGGAUCCGCCAGUGGCUCCUGCUCCUGCUACUCCUCCGUCCCGGUGUCCUGCUCCGGGCCCAGGAUGCACUCCCCCCGCUGCCACCCACUCCAUCCCCUCCGCCGCUGCUGCCGCGUCGUCGCAGCAGGCUGGGGUAUCCCGUGGCUCUCUUGGUGGCGGCCAUGGCCCACACCACGCAACUCAUCGUGUUCCAGCCAAAGGACUUGACCGCCCGGACAACUCCACCGCAGCAACAACUCAUCCCACCGCCACACCAGAAGCCGCAACAGCAGCAGAAGGAGCAACAACGGCAGCAGCAGAAGGAGCAGCAGCAACACCCAAGGACGAUGCCGAUGCUGAGCAGAUGUUGCCACAGAUUCCAUCGUAUAUCCGCACAACCGCCAUGUUCUUCUGCAUAGUCAUCAUGCUGCUGGGCGUGGUGGGCAACGUGAUGGUGCCCAUCGUGAUUGUGAAGACAAAGGAUAUGCGCAACUCGACGAACAUCUUCCUCACCAACCUGAGCAUCGCGGACCUGCUCGUCCUGCUCGUCUGCACGCCCACCGUCCUCGUGGAGGUGAACACCCGUCCGGAGACCUGGGUCCUAGGCCACGAGAUGUGCAAGGCUGUUCCGUUCGUGGAGCUGACGGUGGCCCACGCCAGCGUGCUGACCAUCUUGGCCAUCUCGUUCGAGCGCUAUUACGCAAUCUGCGAGCCAUUAAAGGCCGGCUACGUCUGCACCAAGGGGCGGGCCAUCCUCAUCUGCGUUCUGGCCUGGGGCAUCGCUGCGCUCUUUACGAGCCCCAUUCUUUGGGUGGCCGAGUACAAGAUGGCCGAGUACGUUGACGGAUCCUCGGUGGCCGUGUGCCUCACGCAGGCCAUCAGCCACUGGACCCUGGCCUUCUUCCUGAUGACCAUCUCCGUGUUCUUCGUCCUGCCGUUCGUCACGCUGGUGGUGCUGUACGGCAUAAUUGCCCGGAACCUGGUCUCCAACCGGGCGGCCAUGCUGCGUGCCCGUCCCACAAAGCCGGAACUCAGUCUGAAGGCCCGCAAGCAGGUGGUCCUGAUGCUCGGCGCCGUGGUGCUCUCCUUCUUCGUCUGCCUGCUGCCCUUCCGCGUGCUCACCCUGUGGAUCAUCCUCAGCACGGACCAGACUCUCCACGAUCUCGGGUUGGUGCGGUACUACAGCCUGCUCUACUUCUGCCGCAUCAUGUUGUACCUCAAUUCGGCCAUGAACCCCAUUCUCUACAACCUGAUGUCCACGAAGUUUCGAAGGGGCUUCAAGCGGCUGUGCCAGGAUGCGGGCAGACUACUCCUGGAUCUGGUCACCCUGGGAAGGAGGAAGGAGAACUCCUCUCGCGGUCGCAGUGGCACCUUGACCCUUGGAAUGGGCACUAACACAAACACGAACACCAACUCCUCCAAUGCCACUGCAGCCACGAAUUCGAGCAUCUUGUCACGAAGUUCCAACCGCAGAUGCAGCGAGGACAUCAGUCGCACUCGCCUGAAGAUUGAGCUGCAGAUGCCGUGUGGCAGUGACUUGGAGGUCAUGGCCAUGCUGCAGCACUCGACGAUGGGCAGGGGAAUGGCCAGGCGGGUGAGCGACAGCCGGCUUUUGGCCAUGAGAAACCCCCAACCGCGACGCCACAAGCCACAAAUAAGUUUCGAUGAAGAGGCGCUGGAGGGAGAGGAACUGAGCGAUAGGAAAAUCCCAGAAGGUCGGGAAAAUCUCACUAGAAUAGCAGGAAUAGUAAAUCUGCCCGAGGGAAUCGAGCAAGGGAAUCCCUAAUGGAGGAG